CACGGAGAGCGCGCGCACCGACUCCAGUCCCACAGCACAGUGAUGGUGUGAGCGUCUGGGAGUUACAGCUCACUCUCAGCGGCCCUCGCACUCUCGCUCGGGCGAACAGGGCGCGGUUUUGGAAAUGCUGAAGCCCGGAGAGCCCAGCGGCUCUGCCUUCCUCAAAGUGGACCCCGCGUACAUCCAGCACUGGCAGCAGCUCUUCCCGCACAGCCAGCUGAAGCAUGCGGCCCUGGCGCAGCUGCCCUUACCGGCCGAGAGUCUCCGCCAGCGGCCGGGCCUCGUCUCCUCUUCCUCCUCGUCAGCGGCUGCUUUAACUCCGUCGUCCACCUCCUCCUCUUCGUCCACCACCUCCUCCUCCUCCUCCUCCGCGGCGGUUUCGUCUCUGGCGGGUUUCGCGCAGCUCUCCGUGCCGCCGGUCGCGCUCUUCGGACAGACUCUGUGCGCCUCCGAGGCGCUGCCGGUGGAGGACAGCGCGGCCCCGGCCAAGGAGCUCUGCUCUCCGUCCAACCUGAAGAGCGACCGGGGCUCCCGGUUCAGGCUCACCUCCGAGGAGCUGGACUAUUACUUGUACGGACAGCAGAGGAUGGAGAUUAUCCCACUGAACAAUCACUCCGGCGACCUCAACAACCGCUGUGACAUGUGUGCGGACAACCGGAACGGGGAGUGCCCCAUGCACGGGCCCCUGCACUCACUGCGGCGGCUUGUAGGGACCAGCAGCGCCUCCGCUGCUGUGCCCCCUCCGGAGGUACCAGAGUGGCUGCGAGACCUGCCCCGCGAGGUCUGCCUCUGCACCAGCACCGUCCCUGGCCUGGGCUAUGGCAUCUGCGCCGCCCAGCGCAUCCCCCAGGGCACGUGGAUCGGCCCGUUUCAGGGUGUCCCUCUAUUGCUAGAUAAGGUGCAGAGCGGAGCGGCGCGGAACACAAGGCAUCUAUGGGAGAUCUACGACCAGGAGGGCACGUUACAGCACUUUAUUGAUGGCAAUGAGCCGAGCAAGUCAAGUUGGAUGAGGUACAUCCGCUGUGCCAGACACUGUGGGGAACAGAACAUGACAGUGGUUCAGUACAGAUCUUGCAUUUUCUACCGGGCAUGCAUGGACAUUCCACGAGGAACCGAGCUUCUGGUCUGGUACAAUGACAGUUACACUUCCUUCUUUGGGAUCCCGCUGCAAUGUAUCGCACAAGAUGAAAACUUGAAUGUGCCAGCUACUGUAAUCGAGGCCAUGUCCCGACAGGAGAGCCUACAGCCCUUCAGCAAGACGUCCAAAUCUUCCUCUACCAUUCUGCAGCGCUCGAUGGUUUUCCCCCACUCACCCUGCUCGCGGAGCUUCUCUCUCCUCGACAAGGCAGGCAGCACAGAGUCUGGCUUCAACCAGCUGAGCGCCAAAAACCAGCGGGUGCUCGCUAGUCCCACCUCCACCAGCCAACUCAGCUCUGAGUUCAGUGACUGGCAUCUGUGGAAGUGUGGCCAGUGCUUCAAGACCUUCACCCAGCGCAUCCUUCUACAAAUGCAUGUAUGCACACAGAACCCUGACAGACCGUAUCAGUGUGGACACUGCUCCCAGUCUUUCUCCCAGCCCUCAGAGCUACGAAACCACGUGGUCACGCACUCCAGCGACAGGCCCUUCAAGUGCGGCUACUGUGGACGAGCGUUCGCCGGGGCCACCACGCUCAACAACCACAUCCGCACACAUACAGGGGAGAAGCCAUUCAAGUGCGAGCGGUGCGAUAGGAGCUUCACGCAGGCCACGCAGCUCAGCAGACACCAGCGGAUGCCCAACGAGUGCAAGCCCAUCAACGAGAGCAGCGAAUCAAUUGAGGUGGAUUAGCUGAUUGACCGAGCCGGAAUUAAACGGCAAGGGAAAAUCAUGAUUAAAUGUCACGGACACUUAAGCAAAACCAAAGAUUUCCUCUGAGAAACUCUCAAUCAGCCCUAGAAAACCAAAAGCAGUAAUAAAAUAAGUAAGAUGUUAAAAGCUAUUGAUCCUGACAGAGAUAAGG